AUGGCUUCAACACCUGGAAUCCUCACAGAGUGGCCAUGGAAGCCUCUUGGAAGCUUCAAGUACGUACUAGUGGUUCCUUUUGUGGUUCAUAGUUGGUAUGAUAUGUUGGUGAAGGAUAAGAGUGAAAGGAACAUGGUAGCCUUUCUCAUUCUACCAUUUUUGCUGUGGCGUCUGCUUCAUAAUCAAAUAUGGAUCACUCUCUCUCGAUAUCGAACUGCCAAAGGCAAUGCAAGAAUUGUUGACAAAGGAAUUGAAUUUGAUCAAGUUGAUAGAGAAAGAAAUUGGGAUGACCAGAUAUUAUUCAAUGGAUUAGUAUAUUACUUGGCAAACUAUGCAUUUGUUGGUGCCUCACACCUUCCAUUAUGGAGAGCAGAUGGAGUGGUUAUGGCAAUGGUGCUUCAUGCAGGACCAGUGGAGUUUCUUUAUUACUGGUUACACAGAGCACUUCAUCAUCACUUUCUCUACUCUAGAUACCACUCUCACCACCAUUCUUCCAUUGUCACAGAACCCAUUACUUCUGUCAUCCAUCCAUUUGUUGAGAUCAUAUCGUACUUCCUUCUCUUUUCCGUACCAUUGUUAACCCUUGUCUUCACAAAAACAGCCUCAUUGAUGGUUGUGUUUGGAUAUGUGACGUACAUUGAUUUUAUGAACAACAUGGGUCAUUGCAACUUUGAGAUUGUUCCAAACUACCUCUUCAAAAUCUUCCCCCCUCUCAAAUACUUCAUGUACACCCCAUCGUAA